UUUGUAGUUUUGUUACUGGAAAAGAUAGAGACCUUACCAGGUCCAAAGUUUGUAGACACAGGAAUUACGAAAUGGAGAAGGGGGAGAAGUGAGCUAGUGGCAGCAUAAAAAGACCAGCAGAUGCCCCACAGCACUGCUCUUCCAGAGGCAAGACCAACCAAGAUGAGUGACCUGGGAGCUGUCAUUUCCCUCCUGCUCUGGGGACGACAGCUUUUUGCACUGUACUCAGGCAAUGAUGUCACGGAUACUUCAGAUGACCGCUUCCCGAAGCCCCCUGAGAUUGCAAAUGGCUAUGUGGAGCAUUUGUUUCGCUACCAGUGUAAGAACUACUACAGGCUGCGCACAGAAGGAGAUGGAGUGUACACCUUAAAUGAUAAGAAGCAGUGGAUAAAUAAGGCUGUUGGAGAUAAACUUCCUGAAUGUGAAGCAGGGUCUAGUCAUCUCUGUGAAGCUCUCCUCACAGGCACCCUGCAGAUUCAUCAAUAAACUUCAACAGCAAUGCAGGAAGAAACAGACCAACAACUUGGGAAGAAAAGAUCGUCACAUACUGCAAUGACCAGGUAACUCUGGUUACAGACCAAGAACUAAAAGUCUUUUAGCACAGGCACCACCCCUAGAGUUUCCAGUACAGCAAUAUCAGGCUGGGGACCACGUCCUAGUCAAAAGUUGGAGAGAAGGAAAACCUGAACUGGCUUGGGAAGGACCCUACCUAGUGCUUCUAACCACCAAGACCGCAGUUUGAAAAGCAGAAAGAGGAUGGACUCAUCACACCCGGGUCAAAAGAGCACCACCUUCUCCAGAAUCAUGGACAGCUAUUCCAGGGCCAACCCCAGCCAAGUUAAAGCUAAAACGGGUUUGAUCCUCUUAUACUGCAUCUCUUUCUUUUCCCCUUCUAUUGCUAAUCCUCU